GGCCAGACUGGUAGGAGGAGGAACCUGCAUCUUUCGGGUGGAGCCAAGGGGCUGGACCCAAGGGCCAUCUUCCUUCAGCUACAGGUGUCAGCCCGUGCAGUUUCUCUUCAAAUCCCGCGCUGUCAUUCUCAAGAGCACGGUCAAAAUCUGUCGUGACAUCUUUCCACCCGGAGCCUUUUGAGACGGGUGUGGAGGUGGGAGUGGGGAUAGGGGUCGGCAGGAACCUCGGCAGCUUCCGCCUCAGGAAAUUUGGUGAGCGCUUGAAAAAGUCCAACCCGGAAAAAGACUGUUCACUUCAGUUCCCCCCGACUUCUUGUCCUCCUCUGUUCCUCUCGGACUCAGGUGGUCCUGAAAAUCAGCUCGUAGAAAAGAUGGAUUGCUACAAAGAUGUGAAAGGCACCAUCUAUGAUUAUGACGCUUUCACUCUUAAUGGAAAGGAACACAUUCAGUUCAAGCAGUAUGCGGGCAAGCAUGUCCUUUUUGUCAAUGUGGCCACCUAUUGUGGUCUGACAGCUCAAUAUCCUGAAUUGAAUGCACUACAGGAGGAGCUGAAGCCCUUUGGCCUAGUUGUGUUGGGAUUUCCCUGUAACCAAUUCGGAAAGCAAGAACCAGGAGAAAACUCAGAAAUUCUUCCAGGACUGAAGUAUGUCCGUCCAGGAGGAGGAUACGUACCUAAUUUCCAGCUGUUUGAGAAAGGGGAUGUGAAUGGUGAAACAGAGCAGAAAGUCUUCACCUUCUUAAAGCAAUCCUGUCCCCACCCUUCUGAGAUUAUGGGCUCAAUCAAACAUAUAUCCUGGGAACCCAUCAUGGUCCGUGACAUCCGCUGGAAUUUUGAGAAGUUCCUAGUGGGACCUGAUGGCGUCCCUGUCAUGCGCUGGUUUCAUCGGACUCCAGUCAGUACAGUCAAGGCAGAUAUUCUGGCAUACAUGAAACAGUUCAAAACCAAAUAAGAUCAAGUUGGGGGCAGGAGCCAUCCUGCUUCUUUACCUGAAGACCUGUUU